UUUGUUGAAAAUUCGACGCACUCUCGUGUCUGAAUCCAAUUCAACAAAUCGGCGACAACGCCUUUCAUUUCUUGUUGCUCCGUCUCGAAACCACUAAUACGCGACAGAACCUCCGUAUCUUACAACCCUUAAUUGAUCUUCCGAUAAAGUGUACCGGAGAUGCCGGUGGCCGCUUCCGCCGUGUACUUCCUCAACCUCCGCGGAGACGUUCUCAUCAACCGCCUCUAUCGCGACGAUGUCGGGGGAAAUAUGGUGGAUGCUUUUAGGACUCAUAUUAUGCAGACGAAGGAGCUUGGUACUUGCCCUGUGAAGCAGAUUGGUGGAUGCUCUUUCUUUUACAUGAGGAUCAGCAAUGUCUACAUCGUCAUUGUUGUCAAUAACAAUGCUAAUGUGGCUUGCGCUUUCAAGUUUGUUGUUGAGGCUGUUGCAUUGUUCAAAUCAUAUUUUGGUGGAUCUUUUGAUGAAGAUGCAAUUCGCAAUAAUUUUGUACUCAUUUACGAGCUUCUAGAUGAAAUUAUGGACUUUGGUUACCCACAAAAUCUUUCACCAGAGAUCUUAAAGCUUUAUAUCACUCAGGAAGGAAUCCGGUCCCCAUUUUCAUCCAAGCUUACAGAUAAACCUGUUCCAAAUGCGACUUUACAAGUUACUGGUGCUGUUGGUUGGCGGAGAGAAGGUCUUGUGUACAAAAAGAAUGAGGUCUUCCUAGAUAUUGUGGAAAGCGUAAAUCUUCUGAUGUCUUCAAAAGGCAGUAUUCUACGUUGUGAUGUCACUGGGAAGAUUCUUAUGAAGUGCUUUCUUUCUGGAAUGCCUGAUUUAAAGUUGGGUUUGAAUGACAAGAUUGGUCUUGAGAAAGAAGCACAACUUAAAUCCCGUCCUACUAAAAGUGGUAAAACUAUCGAGCUUGAUGAUGUCACUUUCCAUCAAUGCGUAAAUUUGACAAGGUUCAACUCAGAGAAGACUGUUAGCUUUGUACCACCUGAUGGUGAAUUUGAACUGAUGAAGUAUCGUAUCACUGAGGGAGUUAAUCUUCCCUUCAAAGUAUUGCCAACCAUCAAGGAACUUGGUCGAUCACGGAUAGAAGUUAAUGUUAAGGUAAAGAGUGUUUUUGGUGUAAAAAUGUUUGCACUUGGUGUUGUAGUCAAGAUUCCUGUGCCGAAACAAACAGCAAAAACAAAUUUCACUGUUACAUCUGGCCGAGCAAAAUACAAUUCUUCUAUUGAUUGUUUGGUUUGGAAGAUUAGAAAAUUCCCUGGGCAAACUGAGUCAACCUUGAGUGCCGAAGUUGAACUUAUUUCUACAACAACAGAAAAAAAAUCUUGGACUAGACCACCAAUUCAGAUGGAGUUUCAGGUUCCCAUGUUCACAGCAUCUGGUUUACGUGUUCGUUUCCUCAAGGUGUGGGAGAAGAGCGGGUACAAUACCGUUGAGUGGGUUCGUUAUAUUACAAAAGCAGGAUCCUACGAGAUUAGGUGUUAGACACAAUUGGUAUUGCUGGGUGGAGAUUGAAGCAAAAUCCCAAAUAAGUGAAGGCGCAGCUCAAGCUAGUUAUCCAAUUAUUGCAUACGAUGAGUUUCUUAUUAACGCGGAAUGAAAUGUUCUGGCAUUACUCAAUGUGUUGUCAAUAUAAUUCUGUGUGAAAAUCGGUUUUAAUAUAUUUUUUUUCCGAAAGGCCAGCUUGUUAUUGGAAACUGAUAUUGAUUCUAUCCUUGUACACUUAAUAUUUUCUUUAAACAUCGAUUUGUUGUAAUGAUAAUAGUAUUUGAGUUUUGAUUUAUUUCAUGUAAAUGAACAACGAAAUGUCAGUA